AUGAAAAAGUACGAAGUCAGUAUGAAAACACCAUCUACGCUUAAUGAUAAAAGCGGUGCGACUCGCAAAAAAGAGGUAGAAAAGCUGGUCAAGGAAUUUGGAUCGUACACAACGCUACAUGGCUUGCACUUCCUCUUCGAAUCCUCUUCCGUAGUUCGUCGUAUUUUGUGGUUAAUGUUAAUGGGGGCGUGCAUGGUAAUUUUAGCUUUUCAAGUCAGGCACAGCUACAUUAAACUACGAAGAUAUGACAGCCUCAUAACGAAAGACAUCGAGCGUUCAAACAGUUUGCUCUUCCCAGCGGUUACUAUUUGCAAUCAAAACAUGUUUCUGAAGAGCAAAAUACUUGGCACAGACGUACAGAUAUACCUGGAUGAGAUUGACGAACUGAAAGCCGAGAAUCAGGCGAAUAUCAUGACCCCCUUAAAAAAUAGAUCGCGUCGGAUAAGUUCUUCAUUUAAUAUUCUUAAAGUUGCGGAAGAAGCAGGACAUAAUCUGACGGUCAUGAUGAUCCUUUGCUCGUGGAGAGGACGCAAAUGUGGACCGGAAAAUUUUACUUCCUUUGUAUCCGAAAGAGUAAGUAUCAGUGGUUUCUAACUUUUCAUUAGCUAGUGCAUUUUCCUUAUUUUUUUAUCCUUUCACUCCCAUAAUGAGCAUUUUUUGAAUCCUUGAUUAAUUUUGAAUUUGGUCACUAGUAGGAGUGUAAAGGUACGUGCAAACGGCCAACAAUUUUGGGAGUUGUUGCGUCCGUGUUGGCAGUAGCGUGCAAACGCAUCCAACAACACCCAACAAUGUUGAAACCUGAAGUGCAUCAUGGGAUAACCCAUAAGACUUUGGAGACUAGGUGCAAUGCCCGUGCGUGGUCACAACAAUGCUGGAAGAGCUGUGCAAACGGAUCCAACAUUGUUGCGCUACGCUUCGGUGAUUACGGAACAAAAGAAAUGUUGUGACUUGUUUGCUCAAAAUUUUGACCGGUUUCAAAUUUUGCACAAAAACUCCCAACAACAUGCAGCAGGGUCCAAACGGACGCAGCAUGUAACACUCGGCAAUGUUGGGAGUUGUUGGCCAACAAUGCUGGGUCCGUUUUCACGCAGCAAGGGUCAGGAACAAAGCUGAACUUAUUGUUUAUUUAUUUAUUUAUUUAUUUAUUUAUUUACUGUCUAUAUUGUGGGUUAGACAGUCGAUUAAGCAUGUAUUGCUUUACGCUUCUCUCUUCUUCCAGUUUUGUUUGAUUAUACAAACUGAGCUCAGUGCUGAAUCCAGACAUUGACAUAAGGGGGAGCCCGGUUAUCUAUACCAUGAGAUAAGGAGAGGAGGGGGCGGUCUACAAAAUUUUUUUUUUUGGCCCUUCGGGCCUCAGUUUGGUCUAAAACUAAGGGGGGGCCCAGGUGCUCCCCUGAAUCCACCACUUGAGCAUGAGGUUCAUAGUUUUAUGAAUAUUUACAUCUUUUGUUAAUAAUUUUUUAACAUCUUUAUUAUAAACUUUUUCUCAAAGUCAGACAGAGUUCAGAGGCCUGUGUAGAAGCUUCCUCGCACUUAAUGCCUUCCCAAAUUCCCCCUCCCCAGAAAAUUGUCUUCAUUCGACCGGAAAAUCAGUUGCUCAGCCUUUGCAUCUUACAUGAUCUUUAAAUAAACUGGACCUAGCACUAAAACUUCGAAAUGGAACUUAUCGAUUCUGACUUGUUUUCUCUUUUCUCAGAGAGGUAUGUGUUAAACUUUCAACUCGGGACAACCAGGCCAUCCAUUAUUAAACGCCACUGCAUCGGGAAUAAGUCAGGCUUUGAGUCUAAUACUAGAUGUGNUUAUUUAUUUAUUUAUUUAUUUACUGUCUAUAUUGUGGGUUAGACAGUCGAUUAAGCAUGUAUUGCUUUACGCUUCUCUCUUCUUCCAGUUUUGUUUGAUUAUACAAACUGAGCUCAGUGCUGAAUCCAGAGAUUGACAUAAGGGGGAGCCCGGUUAUCCAUACCCUGAGAUAAGGAGAGGAGGGGGCGGUCUACAAAAUUUUUUUUUUUGGCCCUUCGGGCCUCAGUUUGGUCUAAAACUAAGGGGGACCCAGGUCCUCCCCUGAAUCCACCACUGGAGCAUGAGGUUGAUAGUUUUAUGAAUAUUUACAUCUUUUGUUAAUAAUUUUUUAACAUCUGUAGUGUAUCAACUUGGUUUCUUAAAGUCAGACAGAGUUCAGAGGCCUGUGUAGAAGCUUCCCCACACUUUAUGCCUUCCCAAAUUCCCCCUCCCCAGAACGUUUUCUUCAUGUUGACCGGAAAAUCAGUUGCUCAGCCUUUGCAUCUUACAUGAUCUCUAAGCUAAAUAAACUGGAGCUGGCACUGAAACUUUGAAAAGGAACUUAUCGAUUCUGACUUUUUUUCUCUUUUCACAGAGAGGUAUGUGUUACACUUUCAACUCGGGACAACCAGGCUACCCAUUAUUGAACGCCACUGCAUCGGGAAUAAGUCAGGCUUUGAGUCUAAUACUAGAUGUGCAACCCGAAGAAUAUUAUGGCCCCUUUAGCUACGAAGCAACUGGCAUCAAGCUUGUACUUCACGAGCAACAUGAGUGGCCGCAGGUAGAAAACUUAGGAAUUGACAUCUCACCGGGCUACAACACAAAUAUCAGGAUAAAACGAAACAAGGUGCCUGGUUUCUCUCCUCUUUUUAAACCUUAAGGAAAUGAAAUACCAAGACAUAACCUUUUCAGGCUAAUUCUUUAAAUCAAAUCAGCCAGCCAACAGUAUGUACGUAAGCAAACAAAAUUAAUUCCUUUUUUUCUGAGAAAAAUAUGUAUGACAGUCUCUUAAUAUGGCUUAAAGGUCAGAGGACUAACUAAUAAUAAUAAUAAUAUGAUAUCAUAAAAUAAUAGUAUUCGGAACUUUAAAACGGCGCGAAGUAAUGUAGCACACAUGAAGUAUUGAUACCAAUGUAGAAGAAAAUGCUCUAAUUUUCCGAGAAACAAACUGAUACAGUGGAACCUGCAUACAAGGGACACCCUCGGGACCAAGGCAAGUGUUCUUUAAAUAGAGUACCCAGCCUCGUCCCCAGGGCGCUUUUCCCUGGCUUUGGAGGUGGAGCAACCAAUCAAAAUGACGGAUUGGCCGGCCGAUGCCAUGGCCCUUUCCCACCCCACCUCCAAAGCCAGGAAAAAAGUGCCCUCAAUGGGGGAUCGGACGAGGUUGUAGAGUACCUUGAAUGGAGGUUAAACCUGGGUCUCGGGACCCACAAAAACUGUCUCUUUCCCUUGGAUAGAGGUGUUCCUUCGAUAACAAAUUAAAUACAAAGAUUAUUUGAACAUUUUCGGAACUAAAUUGUGUGCCCCCUGAAGAGAGUGGUCUGUUGAAUAGAGGGUAUGAACAGAGGUGCCCCAAAGGAGAGGCUCCACUGUAAUUUGCAUAUAACAUAAACACACGUAUGGUAAAAAUCUCGGUCCCAGGGCUUAAAGUGAAGAGGAACGAAAAUUCCCUUGAAUCGGCUGGUGUCCCCACGUACAUCCUAAAAUCUUUGGUUUAAUAAACUACAGCUGUGUGUUAAGCUCAAUUAUGCAUAAUCUCACAGCGUGCGGUCGCAGGCGGUCAUCUUUGACGAGUAACGAGCAGUUCUACAAGACUUUCUUGUUAUAACAGAAAUACCGUGGUAACUUUUUGUACAUUGCCAGAAGCUUCCCAAUUGUAAUGGAAAAUAAAUGUCUCGAUAUGUCCAAAUAGCAGUUCAGUAGAGUCGAACCUCUUGGUACGGACACCUCUCUUAUACGGACACCUCUCUACCAUGGACAGUUUGCCUGUCCUGACAAAAUUCUCAUAUAUUUUCUUUAAAAAUAACCUCUAUAAUACGGACUCUCUCUAACAUGGACAACGGACACUAAAUCUCGGCCCAGGGAGUAAAUUCACACAAACUUAACCUCUUUAUUACGGACACUGGGGUGAUUAAGUGAAUCCCGAAUCCCGAUCAGGUGAAUCAUGCCGUCCUGGCUGAUGAGCUAUGCAAGCUGAUUUCAAAGUCCAGUCGCUGUAUACCAAACAACGAUUUGCGAAAGGUGUACAGAGAAACAUACAUGUAACCGACUUUUUUUAAGGCUUAAAUAACUACAGAUAGCAUACAGAUAUUUUCUAUUACAUUUUGUACUCUAGUUACUGUUUACUGCACUAAUUAAUGCAAAAUAGCGAAAGAACUUUUCAGAUUUGUGCUUUUCGUUUCAACUUUUUACAUGCAGCAUUGCGCUGUGGCUCGUUUCGUUUUAAAACGUUGAUUUGUCCACGAUUAUAUAGUUGUACUUACUUUGUAGCUGAUAUAUUUUGUAUAAUCAUCAUGUUGUCUACUGUACUGGAAGACAGUGUCUUUUACUGUGAAUUGAUAAAUUUAAAUGCAGUUUAAAGACGAGUGUGAGCCUGGUUUUAUCAACUGAACACUUAAAACUGUAAGUGGAGUCAUAAUGCGGAAACUUCGCUCUGUUCCUUGUAGUGUCCGUAUUCAGAGAGCUUCGACUGGAUACGGUUUCUAACAGCUCCAUUUUUGCAUUAUUUUGUUUGUUUGUUUGUUUGUUUUUUCAGUUUAUCGCCCUUGAACCACCUUACCGCCCCCUUGUGGCACAAAAAAAUUGAUUACUUCAAAUAUCUACUCCUCCAGUCGGUGUUUAAUGGAAUGCAGCAGUAAACAGCUGAUGGAAAUAUGUAACUGUAGCCGCCCAACAUUGCCACUUGGAGGUAAUAGCGGAGUGGAAUUAAUGGCGACUUCGCGCUCGCCAGAGGGCGGGCUCGCGUUUCUUCGCUUUCAAAUUUAAAUUAAAGCAAUUCACGCGCUUGCCCCUAUGACAUUUUUGUGGUAUACUGAGCUUUUGUUUUCGUCUUCAUAUAGCCAUCAUCAGGUAGCAAUUCAACACCACUACACCUGCUGUUCGAACUAAUACUACCUUAAAUGGGAGAGCUUUUAUGAAAGCAUCGCCCACGCUCUGGAACGCUUCGUGCAAUCACGAAAAGGGGGAGACGUUGCGUGACAUCGAUAUCCCAAAAAAUUGCUUCCAGGGAGACUAAGUCAAGAGGGAUAAACAUUACUCUGUAAUUUCAUUAUUUAUGCAAUCUCCUGGAACAUUUCAAAAUUAUCUAAUAGAUUUUAUUUCAUUUUACAUGUAGUUAAGUUGGAUGCCUCAACGAUAUGCACCGCCCAGGACAUAAAGAAUUGUAUUCUGCCCAACGCUGGUAAAGCUCUUUUUCGUUUGUCAAGAAAAAUACAUUGUGAGCCAUUCACGUCCAUUAACGAUUUUCUUGCAAUUUUUUGACAGGUUUAGUUGGCAGUAAUGAUUGUGACUGUCCAGCGGAAUGUGAAAAAGUGUUAUAUUCGUCUUCUCACUCCACUGCAUACUUCCCAUCAGGUCAUUACUGGGACUCUAUUUUUCAAAUUUUAAAUACGAGUGCUAGAACUUUCAACUCGGGACAACCAGGCCAUCCAUUAUUAAACGCCACUGCAUCGGGAAUAAGUCAGGCUUUGAGUCUAAUACUAGAUGUGCAACCCGAAGAAUAUUAUGGCCCCUUUAGCUACGAAGCAACUGGUAUCAAGCUUGUACUUCACGAGCAACAUGAGUGGCCGCAGGUAGAAAACUUGGGAAUUGACAUCUCACCGGGCUACAACACAAAUAUCAGGAUAAAACGAAACAAGGUGCCUGGUUUCUCUCCUCUUUACUUAAACCUUAAAGAAAUGAAAUACAAAGACAUAACCUGUUCAGGCUAAUUCUUUAAAUAAAAUCAGCCAGCUAACAGUAUGUACGUAAGCAAACAAAAUUAAUUCCUUUUUUUCUGCGAAAAAUAUGUAUGACAGUCUCUUAAUAUGGCUUAAAGGUCAGAGGACUAAACCAUAAUUAUAAUAAUAAUAUGAUAUCAUAAAAAAAAUAGUAUUCGGAACUUUAAAACGGCGCGAAGUAAUGUAGCACACAUGAAGUAUUGAUACCAAUGUAGAAGAAAACGCUCUAAUUUUCCGAGAAACAAACUGAUACAGUGGAACCUCCAUACAAGGGACACCCUCGGGACCAAGGCAAGUGUUCUUUAAAUAGAGUACCCAGCCUCGUCCCCAGGGCGCUUUUCCCUGACUUUGAAGGUGGAGCAACCAUUCAAAAUGACGGAUUGCCCGGCCGAUGCCAUGGCCCUUUCCCACCCCACCUCCAAAGCCAGGAAAAAAGCGCCCUCACUGGGAAACGAGGUUGUAGAGUCCCUUGAAUGGAGGUUAAACCUGGGUCUCGGGACCCACAAAAAAUGUCCUUUUCCCUUGGAUAGAGGUGUUCCUUCGAUAACAAAUUAAAUACAAAGAUUCUUUGAACAUUUCGGAACUAAAUUGUGUGCCCCUUGAAGAGAGUUAUCUGUUGAAUAGAGGGUCCAAACAGAGGUGUCCCAAAGGAGAGGCUCCACUGUAAUUUGCAAAUAACAUAAAGACACGUAUGGUAAAAAUCUCGGCCCCAGGGCUUCUCCUUUAAAAAAAAAAGUGGAGGUCCGGGGGAAGAAAAGCCCCUGGAAUCGCCUGGUCGCGUGUCCGCACGCACACCCUAAAAUCUUUGGUUUAAUAAACUACAGCUGUGUGUUUAGCUCAAUUAUGCAUAAUCUCACAGCGUGCGAUCGCAGGCGGUCAUCUUUGACGAGUAACGAGCAGUUCUACAAGACUUUCUUGUUAUAACAGACAUGCCGUGGUAAUUUUUUGUACAUUGCCAGAAGCUUCCAAAUUGUAAUGGAAAAUAAAUGUCUCGAUAUGUCCAAAUAGCAGCUCAGUAGAGUCGAACCUCUUGGUACGGACACCUCUAUCUAAUACGGACACCUCUCUACUAUGGACAGUUUGCAAUGUCCUGACAAAAUUCUUAUAUAUUUUCUUUAAAAAUAACCUCUAUAAUACGGACUCUCUCUAACAUGGACAACGGACACUAAAUCUCGGCCCAGGGAGUAAAUUCAUACAAACUUAACCUCUUUAUUACGGACACCGGGGUGAUUAAGUGAAUCCCGAAUCCCGAUCAGGUGAAUCAUGCCGUCCUAGCUGAUGAGCUAUGCAACCUGAUUUCAAAAGUCCAGUCGCUGUCAUUAUCAAACAAAGAUUUGCGAAAGGUGUACAGAGGAACAUACAUGUAACCGACUUUUUUUAAGGCUUAAAUAACUACAGAUAGCAUAAAGAUAUUUUCUAUUACAUUUUGUACUCUAGUUACUGUUUACUGCACUAAUUAAUGCAAAAUAGCGAAAGAACUUUUCAGAUUUGUGCUUUUCGUUUCAACUUUUUACAUGCAGCAUUGCGCUGUGGCUCGUUUCGUUUUAAAACGUUGAUUUGUCCACGAUUAUAUAGUUGUACUUACUUUGUAGCUGAUAUAUUUUGUAUAAUCAUCAUGUUGUCUACUGUACUGGAAGACAGUGUCUUUUACUGUGAAUUGAUAAAUUUAAAUGCAGUUUAAAGACGAGUGUGAGCCUGGUUUUAUCAACUGAACACUUAAAACUGUAAGUGGAGUCAUAAUGCGGAAACUUCGCUCUGUUCCUUGUAGUGUCCGUAUUCAGAGAGCUUCGACUGGAUACGGUUUCUAACAGCUCCAUUUUUGCAUUAUUUUGUUUGUUUGUUUGUUUGUUUUUUCAGUUUAUCGCCCUUGAACCACCUUACCGCCCCCUUGUGGCACAAAAAAAUUGA